AUGGAUAAGUAUGAUAAAAUUUCUAAAAUUGGUGAAGGAUCUUAUGGUAUUGUUUAUAAAUGUAGAAAUAAGGAGACAAAUACAAUAGUUGCUGUUAAAAAAUUUACUGAAUCUGAUGAAAAUCCAGGUAUUAAGAAAAUUGCUUUACGUGAAGUACGUAUGCUUAAAAAUUUAAAACACAUCAAUUUAGUUAAUCUAAUAGAGGUAUUUAAACGUAAUCGUAAACUUCAUCUAGUUUUUGAAUAUUGUGAAAGAACACUAUUAAAUGAUUUAGAACGUUAUCCCCAAGGAUGUCCUGAUGUUUUGAUAAAAAAAACUAUAUAUCAGUUAUGUUUAGCUAUAAAAUAUUGUCAUAAACAUAAUUGUAUGCAUAGAGAUGUUAAACCAGAAAAUAUAUUAUUAACAAGUAAUGAUGUUGUUAAAUUAGCUGAUUUUGGUUUUGCCAGAGUAGUUAAUACAAAUGAUUUAUAUACAGAUUAUGUUGCAACUCGUUGGUAUAGAUGCCCUGAAUUAUUAGUUGGAGAUAUUGAAUAUGGGAUUAGUGUUGAUAUUUGGGCAAUUGGAUGUGUAUUAGCUGAAAUGGUUACAGGUGAUGCAAUAUGGCCAGGUAGAAGUGAUGUUGAUCAACUUUUUCUUAUUAUUCAAACAUUAGGACCACUUCUUCCAAGAUAUGAACAAAUAUACAAUAACAAUGAAUAUUUUCGUGGACUUGCAAUACCAAUACCCCAAGAUAUGAUUCCAUUAGAACGCAAAAUAAAUAAUAAUUCACCAUUAAUUUUAGAUUUUUUAAAAAAAUGUUUUGAAUAUAAUCCUGAUAAAAGACCAUCAGCUGGAAGUUUAUUAGAACAUUCUUAUUUUAAUAAUGUUCAAUUACCACCAGAAGUAUGUUCAGAAGUUCCAGGUAAAAAAAAAGCAUAUGCUAUACUUCCUUAUUUAAAUCAAAAUAGUCCUAUAUAUGAAACAAAAUUAAAAUCUAAUUUUACAUUCAAUAAUAAUUCUAAUAAAAUAAGUUAUUUGCCUGUUAUUUAA